CAAGGGCAAUAUUGUCAAACCAAGUGAAUUUUGUGGGCUUUAUGUAGUAAUUUGUGGGCGAUGUUUAACAAAUCCCUUAUAUGGUGGGAGUUGCCUGUUUAUUCUUUCAAGAAUUGAAAAAAUCUAAGCAAGUAAAUUAAUCCAAUCAUAUAAUCUCUUUCUUUUUUGUAGAUAAAAGUUUUAGGAAACGAUCCAAAAUUCAAAAAUGGAACAAGAAUUUGAAGUACAAGUAAAUAUAUUAUCAAAGGAAAUGGUAAAACCAUCAUUUCCACCCUCCUCUCAUCCCACAACAUUCACUCUUUCCCUCAUCGAUCAAACUUUCCCUACCUUACAUGUCCCGGUACUCCUUUUCUACACCGCCGAGUCCCCAACACCACAAGGCGGAGUUGAUAUAAAUGGCCUAAAAACAUCCCUAAGCCAAACACUUGAUCAAUUCCUCCCUCUUGCAGGUCGACUCUUAGAUGAGUCGACCAUUUCUUGCAACCACAAAGGCAUACCAUUUAUUAAGACUAAAGUCAAUUGUCAUCUCUCGUUUGUCACGACAUCACCUCAUAAGUUGAAUUUCAUUACCAAGUUUCUCCCUCCCCCAGAGUUACAGGCUUCUGGGUCGCAACUAAUCUCAGAGCUUGUCCCUUUAGCCUUUCAGAUCAAUGUUUUCCUAUGUGGAGGGGUGGUCAUUGGAUGCUACAUGCUCCAUAAACUCCUCGACAUAGCUUCCCUAGGAACCUUCCUUAAGUAUUGGUCGAACCUUGCUAGUAACCGGUUAAAUGACGUAGUCCAACCCAACUUUGAAGCCACUAUCAAUGCAUUUCCUCCCCUUCCUAAGCCGGAAUACAAAUCUUCGCCUAUUUCAUCGUUGGAACCUCGACCUAUAUCAAACAAUGUCAUCAAAAGUUUCAUAUUCGAUCCUAUUGCCAUAAACAAACUUAAGGCCAAGGCAACAAGUGAGCUAGUUCCUAAACCUACAACAUUUGAGGCGGUGGCAGGGUUUGUAUGGGAGCAAACCUUGGCCACAAGGCUUAAUUUGGGAAUACAAGUUGAGCAUACCGCGUUAUCAAUUGUAGUGAACAUGCGGCCGAGGAUGAACCCGCCACUCCCUAGAGAAUCCAUGGGUAAUCCCAUCACAAUCUCACAAACACAAGUACAUGAACAUGUACACUCUGAGCUACAAGAACUUGUUAAAGAAAUCCAUUCAACUUUGUACAAUUUCUACCAAAAAUUUUUUAGUACAAAUUUUAAAGGGAAAAACGCUAAAGAUGAGUUGCAACAUUCUAUUGAACUUGAGGAUGGCAUCUUAAGGGUUAGCAGCUGGUGCAAAAUGGGUUUGAAUGAGGUGGAUUUCGGGUUCGGAAAGCCCACAUGGAUUGUUCCUACAGAUGGAAUACAACCCCCUCAAUUUAGGAAUUUUUUCGUUUUAACUGAUUAUUGUCACUCUAAUAGUGGAGAUGGAAUUGAAGCAUGGUUGGUUUUGGAGGAAAAAGAGAUGCAAAAUUUAGAGUCCAACCCAUAUUUUCUUGCCUUUGCUUCUCCGAAUUAGUCAUAAAACCCACAAGUUGCUCACUUUUAUUUCUUUGUUAAAUUGUCAUGCUUUUUAUGUGUUGUUUGGCCCAUUCACUGCUUGGGCUAUUGUUAGUUUAACUAUUAAAAAAUUAAAAUGUGUUAUGAAACACAAACAACCAUAAAGUGAACAGGGGCGGAGCCAGGAUUUUUAGUUACGGGGGCCGACGGUUGAAUCAAUAUAUAAAUAUAUACGUUAUAAUUGUAACGAUUUUUUUAAUCGAAGUUUAUGAUUUUUCAUAUAAAUAACGUCAAUAAUAGAUUUUCAUAAAUGUUAAAAAUGUUGGUAACCUAUUUUUCUAUGUAUAAAAGUUGUGUAAAAAUCCACUCGUUGACUGUCAACUACUCUUAAAAUAAAGAGUUUUUUUUCAUGAUUAUACCUGUCAUAUUGUAUACAAAAAGGGAUUUAUUGACAAAUUAGUAGUAAACAAUUUCACAAGUAGAAGUUUGAAGAAACAAAAAAUUUAAAUAAACUGAAGCGGGUAAUUUAUAGAAGAUUGAAGUAACGAAAAAAUAAAUAAAAUGAAGCCGGUAAUUUAUAAAACAAAAAUGUACGUGAUUGAAUAAAAUUACAAGAGUAAAGAAACGAAAAAAAAAAAAAUGAAGCCAAUAAUUUAUAAAACAAAAAUGUACAUGAUUGAAUACAAGUACAAGAUUAAAGAAAUGGAAAAAAAAAAUGAAGCCGGUAGUUUAUAAAACAAAAUUUUACGUGAUUGAAUACAAGUAGAUGAUUGAAGAAACGGAAAAAAAUCACUUAUAGAAGAGUUGAAGAAGUUACUGGAAAAUAUGGCAAAAAAAUAGAGAAAAGAAUAAGAUGAAAGAUCUAAUAUUAUUGGAGUUAAUUAAGAAUAAGAUUAUAAAGUAAAUAAACAACAAUAUUAUCUUCACCAAAAAAACAACAAUAUUAUUGGAGUUAAUUAAGAAGAAGAUAACUCCAUUGCCCUCACCUCCCUAUUCUCUUUUUUC